GCCAGAAGAGAUGUCUCCGCUUUCUUUGGCUGCUGAUUCGAUGCCGGUGCCGAUGCGUAGCUCUGCCACAUCCAAUGACACUGCCAGGACGGAUGUCCUUGCUGAAACAGGGCAAGUACUCCUCCCGCCACUUGGACAUCCGAAUGCAAGUUAUGCUGAUAGAAAACUGACAGGCUCAGCGCAUCUCACGAUACUGAAAGUACGCAAGAGACAUUCUCGCUGUUGAAUUUCGAAGAGGAAGAAAGUACCAACCCAAUGCUCACCGUGUCCUUGAUGGAACAUCAGGAACAGGGUUUGCGCUGGAUGUUACAUAUGGAACAAAGCCACCGACACGGCGGCAUCCUGGCAGAUGAUAUGGGCCUGGGUAAAACAGUCCAGACAAUAGCUCUCAUCGCUUCGCAUCAGUCUUCCAAUCAGGAUCGAUGUGCAACGCUGGUGGUGGCACCGGCAGGCCUCAUCUCGCAGUGGAGGCGCGAAAUCGAGCGACUGUUGCCCGCUGAUCCGCGCGGCGCGCGAGUCCGCGUCCAUUCCGGACCUGCGCGACGAACCAAAUUCAGCGACUUGUCCCGGUAUCAGAUUGUGCUGACUACCUACAAUACUCUAGUGGCAGAAUUACGACGGGGACAUCCGGAAUCGCCGCUUCUGGGCCGGGCCAGUAAGUGGCAUCGAGUCGUCUUGGACGAAGCACAAUAUAUCAAGAACGAUCGGACAAAGGCAGCCAUGGCCUGCUGCAUAUUGGAUGCUUCGUACCGCUGGUGUCUGAGCGGGACGCCCGUGAUGAACAGCCUGCGCGAGUUUUAUUCUUUGUUGCGUUUCCUGCGGAUCCAUCCCUACGCUGAUCUCGAUGUCUUCAACACCGUGAGUGCUCGUGACCUGGUCGAUCGGCUACGAAUAGCCCUUCGUCACGGACAGGAGAUUUGAAGCAAGCCGAU